CGCCCCGGUGUCGUCGCCUCCGCGGGGCUGAGGAUGACGUGAGGAGAAAGCCGCGAACCUCUGCCUCCUGUGGGUGCUGCUGGGCCAGCGGUCCCCACAGCCCCGGAGCCGGACGUGCUGCGAAGCGCACCGCCGAGCUCUCCGGCCGGCGGCCCCCUCACUCCCUCCCAGGCCGGGCCGCCCCCUGUGCGGCCCCUGCGGCUCCUGGCACGGCCCCGCGCUCGGCUGCCGCCCUGGCGCGCUCCACUCUGUCGUCCCCGGACGGGCGCGGACCAGCUCGACCGGGGCGCCGGCGGCUGGGCAGAGGGCGCUGGCCCCGGGGCCGCGCCAGCGCGGCCACCAACCUGGGGCUGUCCGUGGAGGGCGAGUGCUGGUUCCGGGGCGAGGCGACGCCCUUCGGGGCCAACGGGCCGCACGCCGAUGUGGCCGUGGGAACGACUCACCCGUUUUCCAGCUCGGGGUCGGGGUCGGGGUCGGCGCCCAUGGGGGCCCCGCCUCCGUCUCCUGGCCUGCCCCCGUCGUGGGCUGCGAUGAUGGCGGCCCUGUACCCGAGCACCGACCUCUCGGGCGUCUCCUCCUCCUCCCUGCCUUCCUCCCCAUCCUCCUCAUCGCCCAACGAAGUGAUGGCGCUGAAGGAUGUGCGAGAGGUGAAGGAGGAGAACACCUUGAAUGAGAAGCUUUUCUUGCUGGCGUGCGACAAGGGUGACUAUUAUAUGGUUAAAAAGAUUUUGGAGGAAAACAGUUCAGGUGACUUGAACAUAAAUUGCGUAGAUGUGCUUGGGAGAAAUGCUGUUACCAUAACUAUUGAAAACGAAAGCUUGGACAUACUGCAGCUGCUUUUGGACUACGGUUGUCAGUCCGCAGAUGCACUUUUGGUGGCAAUCGACUCUGAAGUAGUGGGAGCUGUUGAUAUACUACUUAAUCAUCGGCCAAAACGAUCAUCAAGACCAACCAUUGUAAAACUUAUGGAACGAAUUCAGAAUCCGGAAUAUUCAACAACGAUGGAUGUUGCACCUGUUAUUUUAGCUGCUCAUCGUAACAACUAUGAAAUUCUUACAAUGCUUUUAAAGCAGGAUGUGUCUUUGCCCAAGCCCCAUGCUGUUGGCUGUGAAUGCACACUGUGUUCUGCAAAAAACAAAAAGGACAGCCUCAGACAUUCCAGGUUUCGUCUUGAUAUCUAUAGAUGUCUGGCCAGCCCAGCUCUGAUAAUGUUAACAGAGGAGGAUCCAAUCCUGCGAGCGUUUGAACUUAGUGCUGACUUAAAGGAACUCAGCCUCGUGGAGGUGGAAUUCAGGAAUGAUUAUGAAGAGCUAGCCCGUCAGUGCAAAAUGUUUGCUAAAGAUUUGCUUGCACAAGCCCGGAAUUCUCGUGAACUGGAAGUUAUCUUGAACCAUACAUCUAGUGAUGAGCCUCUUGACAAACGAGGGCUACUAGAAGAAAGAAUGAAUUUAAGUCGUCUGAAACUUGCUAUCAAAUAUAACCAGAAGGAGUUUGUCUCCCAGUCAAAUUGCCAACAGUUCCUGAACACCGUUUGGUUUGGACAGAUGUCAGGUUACCGCCGAAAGCCCACCUGUAAGAAGAUAAUGACUGUUUUGACAGUUGGCAUCUUCUGGCCAGUUUUGUCACUAUGCUAUUUGAUAGCUCCCAAAUCUCAAUUUGGCAGAAUCAUUCACACACCUUUCAUGAAAUUCAUUAUUCAUGGAGCAUCGUAUUUCACAUUCUUGCUGUUGCUAAAUCUCUACUCACUUGUCUACAAUGAGGACAAGAAAAAUACAAUGGGGCCAGCCCUAGAGAGAAUAGAUUACCUUCUCAUACUGUGGAUUAUUGGGAUGAUCUGGUCAGACAUUAAGAGACUGUGGUAUGAAGGGCUGGAAGACUUUCUGGAAGAAUCUCGUAACCAGCUCAGCUUUGUUAUGAAUUCCCUUUACUUGGCAACCUUUGCCCUCAAAGUGGUGGCUCACAACAAGUUUCAUGACUUUGCUGACCGGAAGGACUGGGACGCAUUCCACCCCACGCUUGUAGCAGAAGGGCUUUUUGCUUUUGCAAAUGUUCUGAGUUACCUUCGACUCUUUUUUAUGUAUACAACCAGCUCUAUUUUGGGCCCACUGCAGAUUUCAAUGGGACAGAUGUUACAAGAUUUUGGGAAAUUUCUGGGAAUGUUUCUCCUUGUUCUGUUUUCCUUCACGAUUGGACUGACUCAGCUCUAUGACAAAGGCUACACUUCCAAAGAGCAGAAGGACUGUGUGGGCAUCUUCUGCGAACAGCAAAGCAAUGACACCUUCCACUCGUUCAUUGGCACCUGCUUUGCUCUGUUCUGGUACAUCUUCUCCUUAGCGCACGUGGCCAUCUUUGUCACCAGGUUUAGCUAUGGGGAAGAGCUGCAGUCCUUCGUUGGAGCUGUGAUUGUUGGAACUUACAAUGUUGUGGUUGUGAUUGUGCUUACGAAGCUGCUGGUGGCGAUGCUUCACAAGAGCUUUCAGCUGAUAGCAAAUCAUGAGGAUAAAGAAUGGAAGUUUGCUCGAGCAAAGCUAUGGCUUAGCUACUUUGAUGACAAAUGUACACUGCCCCCACCUUUCAACAUUAUUCCUUCUCCAAAGACGAUCUGCUAUAUGAUCAGUAGCCUCAGUAAGUGGAUUUGCUCGCAUACCUCGAAAGGCAAGGUCAAACGUCAAAACAGUUUAAAGGAGUGGAGAAACUUGAAGCAAAAGAGAGAUGAGAACUACCAGAAGGUGAUGUGCUGCCUGGUGCACCGAUACCUGACGUCUAUGCGACAAAAGAUGCAGAGCACAGACCAGGCCACCGUGGAGAACCUCAAUGAACUGCGCCAAGAUCUGUCAAAAUUCCGAAAUGAAAUAAGGGAUUUACUUGGCUUUCGGACUUCUAAAUAUGCUAUGUUUUAUCCAAGAAAUUAACCAUUUUCUAAAUCUUGUAGAAAUAAUUUUCCAUAACAGAUCUGAAAGACUGUAUUUACAUACCUUGCAAUUAAAUCAAUAAGAUAUAUACGGGCAUAAACAAUUACACAAAAGCCAUUCUUUAAAUAUUUAUAGCAUAAAUAUAUGUCAUGUAAAAUAUGUAUAUAGAGUUAGUUUUUUAAAACCUGUCUGUGGCUUUUUGUAGAAGCAAAGCCAUUUUGUUCGCAUGCUCCUUUGUUUUCUUAGUUGGUCAGUGCUUAACUCCAUCAUGUUCAAGAGGGGCAGCUGUCAGCGUACACGCGGCCCACUCCAUUUUAUAAAAUGAAGAUCAGCAAAUGCAGCUACCUUAAGACACACUUGAAAUAAAAAGCUCAUGGUGUUUAAAUCUCUUAUUUUAGGAGUUCACAAAGAGUUCAGUAUAUAUUGUUUAGGAGUAUAAUUUAAUCUAAAAUACCCUAUUUUUUCUUUUGUUAGAAUCUUAAGCAGCAGAGAAAAGUUUCUAGUAAAUAUUAAAUUUAAGCCAGUCAUGGUGGCACAUGCCUUUAAUGCCAGCACACAGGAGGCAGAGGCAGGCAGAUCUCUGAGUUCAAGGCUAGCCUGGUCUACAGAGUGAGUUUCAGACAGCCAGGACUACACAGAGAAAUCCUGUCUUGGAAAAAAUUAAUUUAUUUAUGUCUAUCUAAAUUCAUCUUGGUAUUUGUAGUGUAAUAUAUUUACUUUUCCAUGGUUAUAAUAAUUUUAUAUUUUAAAUUUUGUUUUGACAUUAUUUUAUAUAUAGUUCUUUAUAUUGAGGUAGUUUAUAUGUUUAAGUAUUUAUAGAGAUCUGUGAUUUUUGAAAAAUAGUAGCCAUCUUUUACCCAUAGACUAUGUGUUUAUAUUUAUACAUUUGCAACGUUACUUCUCUAGGCAUUUGGUUAGUUUAGCUUUUCCUUCUAAUUUUACAAGUUGGAGUAAAACUCACCAUUACAAAGUUGAAGCUGCUUGUCUUCACGUGGUCACAUGCUGGUCACAGUGGGCUUGGCUAGAGCCCUGGAGCCCUGAAGAAAGCUGCUUUCCUUUCAGCUGAAGGCUCUUGAGCUCCUCUUCCAAAGUGUUCUCCUCGGAGCCUACCAUAGCUUCUACAAAAGGGGCCUCGUGCUUGCUGCUAGAGAUGUAAAGCACUGUUUAUUCAUUUGAAAUAAAAAGAGUAUCUGACUGCUUUUCAGUGUUCAUGUGAGGGUGUGGCUGAAGGUUUCCCCACAUGACAUUCGUGCAGCGUGUUUGUGAGGAGUCACCUUCCUAAUUUGAAUGUCAGUUGGCAUUGAGGCCAGAGUUCAGACAGCCCUGGUCUGUGAGCACCACCUACCCAGGGGCAGCUGAGGAUUCUAGUGUUAGCUUUCAUCUUGCUUUUUACAUUUGUUUUUAAUGUUCAGGUUUAAGUGUUCGCUCUUUUCGGAAAAUUCUUAUAAAAAUGUUUAUUGUAAAGUUAUAUAUUUUGUCUACAAUGGGACUAUGCGCUUCCAUGUUGGGAUUUUACAUCAGGAUUUUUAGUCAUUCUAAAAAAAAUACCUAAUUAUUAAAAAAUUUAUAGAGUACUUAUGUGUGCAUGAGUUACUGAUGGGUUAUAUUUUGAAUGACAGCAUAUUGUAAGAAAAAAAUGAAUAAAAGUUGACAUUAGAUCAUAA